CGGCUUCUUAAAUUUCCCAAAUUAACCCCACGCUGAUCCAUAAUGGUCUGUCUAUUCGUUUCCCAGGAAGGCGAAACCCUAACGAGAUCUCCCUCCUCCUCUGUCUCCGCUGUUGUGCUCGCGGAAUUUGCCCCUUUGACCCUCCACCCUUUUCCAGUCUGUUCCGAGUCUUCUCCGAUCCUCUAUUGAUAUCGUGUUUGGUAUCUUGGCGGUAGAGCGAUGACGGAAGACAGGAGCCCUAAAGAUCCCGAUGAAUCGGCGGUGGCGACAAGCGUCGGGAGGCAAAGGAAAAAGAGAAAGUGGGAUCAGCCUGCUGAGCCGCUGCUAUCUGCUGGAAUAGCAGUUCCAGGUGUGCCAUUGGCCCCAAAUACUAUCUUGGGGACCACUCUUCCUGGUGCUGUUCCAUUUUCUGGGUCUCUUUUGACAAAUUCAGUUCCAUCAACUUUUGUUUAUCCUCCUCAAUUAGUACAAUCACUUGCAGUCCCACAAAAUGCGGCUGCAAUUAUUCAAAAGUUAAAUCAGCCAAAAAUUCAAGAUGAGCUAAUAGCUCGAGAGAUUGUAAUAAAUGAUGCAGAACCUACUGCAAGAUACAAACUUACUAAACGUCAAACACAAGAAGAGAUUCAGAAAUGCACUGGUGCAGUUGUCAUAACAAGAGGCAAGUACCGUCCUCCAAAUGGAUUGCCAGACAGCGAAAAGCCACUAUAUCUUCAUAUAUCUGCAGGGGCUCAUUUAAAAGACACUGCUGAGCGCAUAAAAGCAGUUGAUCAUGCAGCAGCAAUGGUUGAGGAAAUCUUGAAGCAAGGCCAGAGUUCCCUGAUGUCUUCUACCCCUCUUCAAUCGGUUUUGUUAAAUGGCCCGGUUAUUCAAGCUCUGAGUAUGUGUUUGUUUCUGGGUUUUGAUGCUGACCCUUCAUUAAAUAUUGCAACUCGUAUCCGUGGUCCAAAUGACCUCUAUAUAAAUCAUAUUAUGAAUGAAACAGGAGCUACUGUUGUAUUAAGAGGAAGGGGGUCUGAACAUCUUGAUAGUUCUCAUGAAGAAACAUUGCAACCCUUGCAUUUAUAUUUGUCAAGUACAAAUCCGAAAAGUCUGGAAGCUGCAAAGAUUUUGGCAGAAAAUCUUUUGGACACAAUUGCAUCUGAAUGUGGUGCUUCAAGGAUCUCAUCCACUAAAGUCUAUGGUGCUGUGCCUCCCCCACAGCAAUUGUUGUUGGGAACAGAAAGCUCAUCAAAGGUUGCAUCUGCUGGAAAUGUCGAUCAAAUUGCCAUCUUUCCAUCCACUGCCACUUGCUCUAUGGUGGCGACACAGUCUUUUCUACCUGGUGGUGAUCCACUGUCUGCAGUUUCCAUUGUCUCAUCUCAAGGGACAGCAGUCCAAUCUGGAGACGUGUUGAAAUAUGGGAAUCCCCAAAACUUGGUUAGCUAUACCGUUCCUGCUGUCACAAGAGCAACAUGCUAUAAUGGCUAUGAAGGAAUAUAUCCCCAGUCCACGCCAUUGCAGCAGGUGGCUUUAGCACUUAGGCAAGCAUCCACUUCAUCUGCUUGUGUUUCAUCGACAAGUUGCUUUGUGGACACAACUGAGCGGAAAUCGAGUUUGAAUGCUAAAGCAGAUGCUCGGCCUCCACAGAAACGUAAAUUUCAGGAGAUACCAGUUACUUCAAAGGUUUCAACUGCAUUUCAGAACUCACAACAGGGGUCAGAAUUUCUUAAGCCAGGUUCUGAGGAUUCAAGUGUGAGGGUUUCUUCCAUGCCACCACCAAAGAAGCUAGUAGAUCCUGGAUUAAAUGGGACGUCACCUCCUCCAAGGAACAUUCCUCCCCCGCCACCAAAGUUCUUAUCAUGUCAGUUACAACCUAGUUCUGAUAAAGGAAGCAAGGCUUUAGAGGAAUCAAGUGGUCCGCCACUAUCGCCAAGAAACAUGCCUCCACCACCUCCCAAGUUUUUGGGACCCCAGCUGCCACCAAAAGCUGGAAAUGGUAGCAUGGAUACCAAGAAAUCGACUGUGCCUCUCUCUGAUACGCUGCUGAAGCUUGCAGAAUAUGGAGAUGAAGAUGAUGAUGCGGAUGCAUCUGAAGAUACCCCAACAAGCAGUGUUGAAUCGCCAAAGAGCCAUGCAACUAGGACCCCUAAACCAUUUUGGGCUGUAUGAUUUUAAGUUGUACAUGGCUUUUUAGAAAAAUGACAAGGCACUCUGGUUGACAAAUGUUACCGCAGAUAGCAAGCUAUCAUAGAACCUGAAGGAUGCUGCAAAAGACGCACGAUGAUGACUGAAAGAUGGCCUGCUUGUGUAGGAUACUUAACAUGGUUGCAUAGUAUCUGAUACAUGGCUGAGUCCUCAACAUUGGUGAGUUUCUGAGAGGUUAUAAGAUUGGUGAGCUCUCAUGGUGGAGGAAACUGUCUUUUCCUUUUACCCCUGUGGCGCUUCGUUUUUUUUUUUUGCGUAGUUAGGUGGAUAAUUCAGGAUAUGAUUAGUACAAACACAUGGACCUGGAUCAAUAUAGCUGGUACUUGAGCCAUGAUAAUUCUGGUCUGUCUUUUUAAUCCUUUCUGUGCAAACAUUAUAGCUUAUGAUGGAUCAUGGUGGUUCUGUA